UAGCCAGCCGGCAAGGACGGAAGCCCGAGAGCGGAAGAAUCCUCCACUGUUGGGAACGGUUACGUAGCGAUGCCUAGUGAAUACCGUCACCGAGCGAAGACAUAACAGUGAGACUUAGCACGUGCUGUAUGGAUCUGUUGAGUGUGUGGACUACUGGUAUUUCUGGCGUUGUGAGUCAAAUUCUAUAGGUGGAACUCAAUCCGUAAGAAUCGAAGCGAGCGACGUCUGAACACAGUACAAAGAAUUUGGCACGCGUAUAAUCUCAAACCCGAUUUGGCAGUGUACUUCCAGACGCCAUGCAGCGCCGCCGAGAAGUCACGUUGUGGGCGUGCUGGCCGUGAAAGUGACUAUGAGUCACAUGUGAAGUCAGGACUGACUGUAGAAUGCAGAACAUCAGGGAGGGAUGUGGUGUAAUGGUGAGAGCUGAAGGAGUUCGUCUUCUAGAACUGUCAUGUUUGAGGGAGGCUCUAGAACCACUACUAGCCUGCAGUUUCUGCACUUCUGGACGGCUGGAGCUGAAGGAGGACCUGAAUAAGGCCGACAAGUUGUACUCGGCACUGUAUCUUGCUUGUGAAAUGUGUCCACACAAGUUACAGAUUCACACAUCUCGGUCUGUUUCAGAAGAGACAAAUUCCUGUCACUGGGAGGUGAACCAUUGUACAGAACAACUCAAGACAAACCUCAGCAUUGAUGAAGAGCUGCUAAGAAACGUCUUCCAAGGGUAUGGAGUACCGUACCGUGAACCUGUUUGUCAAAACCAGAAAGCAGAGGAAAAAAUACUGGAUGAUUUGGAAGGAGAAGAAGGGAUUGAUGCCAAUGUUGGUGGAGAGGAUAUGGAAGGAGAGGAACUUCUUGAGUCUGCAGACAGUUUGAUGAAAGAUGUGGGCUCUAUUUCUAAAGCUUCUCUAAGGAUUAAGACUUACACAUGCUUGAUCUGCCAUCAGGAGUUCCGUCGUCUUGGAGCACUGAAGCAGCACUCCAGUGAACACAGUGAACAUGAAACAUUCUCUUGUCCAGAAUGUAUGGAGAGUUUCCAAAGAGAGGAUGAUUUUAAAAUGCACAUGAAGUCACAUGGCAAAACUAACCUUCAGUGCACUGUAUGUGGCAGAUAUUUCAAAAAGACAUUCAAUCUCACUCAGCAUGUGCGAAUCCACACAGGUGAGAAACCCUUCUUGUGUUCUAUUUGUGGGAAGUCUUUUGGGGAUUCCUCAACUCUGAGCAAACACCAGAAGUCUGUGCACAACUCUGAACGUCCUUUCAGCUGUGAAACUUGUGGGAAGACGUUCUACCACACCGGCCACCUCAGAGUCCAUUUGCGUCAGCACACUGGAGAGAAACCGUAUUCUUGUCAUAUCUGUGGCAAAGCAUUUGCUUAUCCUGAUAGCAUAAAGAAGCAUUUGCUCACACAUACAGACAAUCGACAGUUUCAGUGCAGUGUGUGUGGACGUAGAUUUCGAUGGCGUGAGAGCUUGAAACAGCAUACCAAAACACAUGAGCAGAGGCAGCAGAAGCAGCAUGAACAACAGGUGGAGCGAGAGCAGUGGCGGCAGCAUACCGGUGGAGAGGAAGCUGUAGAUGGGGAACACAGUCCAGUCACUGAGCCAAUGGAAGGACCAGUGUCUGUAGCAGGCACUGACAUGGUGUCCCUGACACAAGUCAUUCCAUAUCUGGAGACCAUUAGAGUUGAGUAUUACUAAAAACCCUCUGAAUUGUGAGUCUGAUUCUUGUAUUGUACUUGCAACUGAUUGGUACUGAAAUUACCUUUAGAACAUUUUGAUAUGAAUGAUCUGACUCAUGUUUUAUCAUCAAAGUUUUAUGUUACUGAAACUGCAGAAACUUUUGGAAUUAAGGAUCCCAGGCUUGUCUUACAAUCUGAGUUGUAUGUUACUAUUGCCACAGUGUGCAUCCUGUUAUAUAACCACUUUUGUUGAUUGAUUGAUUUAUUUAUUUAUUUUGUCACUGUAGAUCAUUGUACAUGAUAUAGGACAAGUCAAGUUAAUUCAAGUUGUGUUGAUGGAAACCUUACCUUGCCAUGUGCUGAGUUGUAUGUUACUGAAAUUAGUUUCAGAAACUUUGGGAAUUAAGGAUCCCCAACUUGUCUUGUAAUUCAAGGUGCUGGAAUUUGGAAUCACAGAAGCUUUUGAUGUGAAGGAUCUGAACCUUGUCUUGUAACCUGAAGUGUAUAUUACUGAAAUGAGCUGCAGAAACUUUGGGAUUACAAAUCUGAUUACAUGGAUUAUAUUUGGAGUUGGAUAUUAUUGAAGUUAUGUGGAAAAACAUUUGGAAUUAAGGACAAAAUUUUUGUUUUGUGAACUGAGUUUAAUAUUAUGAAGUUCCACGUAGAAACUUUUUCAUGGAGUAUUUUGUGUUCUUAUCUGAGUAUAUAUUACUGAAUUUACCAAUUUAUAGUUUCUGGAUUUGUGAUCUGAUUCUUGUUUUGUCAUAUUUCAAUUUUGGCACAUCAUGUGCUGCAAUUAUCUGGUCUUUCUCACUUUUAAGUGGUUCUUGUUAUAUGUGUUACACUCUGGCCUGAAAAACUCCUUAAUGUUUUAUAUUUUGAAUGCUAAUGAAGUAAUUUUAAUAGUGUACAUUAUAAUGUGGUUAGUGAUUAUAAAUAUGAGUAGAAUGAGAUCUGACAAUUGAA